GCUUACUUUUCCACGAAGAAGAUUUGCAAAAAACCUCAUAGAAAGUAUUUUCUCGGAGCUAUGAAAUUUGACAAGUGUGUCAAAAUUAAAUGGGCUCUUUUCAAUAAAGUUUUGAGAAAUAAGUCUAUAUCCUUUCAAGUGACUUUCUAAUAUAUAAACCCCAGGGGUGUAGUGAUGCCAAAUGCAUAGCGACAGAGAUAAUAUAAGUGAUCUGAGAGUGUGCAUUAAUUAACUGAGAUGGAGUGGAAAUGGUUAUCGGUGGUUCUGGUAGCGUUCCUAUUAGGAAGGUGUUGUGAAUGUGAAGGGUGCUGGGAGCAAGAGAAAAUUGCUCUCUUGCAACUGAAACCUUUCUUUACUCAUAUUACAGAUGUAAAGAAUUAUUGGGUGGAAGAGGGAAAACAGAGUUUGGAUUGUUGUCAAUGGAAAAGGGUUGAGUGCAACAACUCUACUGGACGAGUGAUCCGACUCUUCCUUAAUCUUACAACUACAGAAGUCUAUCGUGGUUUAGUUCAUAGUUAUUAUGGAGAGUAUGAUUGGAUUGAAAAAGAUCAUUGGUAUCUCAAUGCCUCUUUGUUUCUUCCCUUUGAGGAAUUGAAGAGUCUUUAUUUGGGUGGCAAUUCCAUAAUUGGUUGUGUUGGCAAUGAAGGUUUUGAAAGGCUGUCAUCGAAACUAGACAAACUAGAGAUCCUUGACUUAAGUGUUAAUCAAUUCAAUGAUAACAUUUUAGCAUCUUUAAGUGAACUUUCAUCACUCAAGUCUUUAAAUUUAGCAAAAAACCAAUUCACAGGGUCAAAUCCUGCAAAUGGUAUGAAGAGGUUAUCAAAACUGAACAAGUUAAAGACUCUGGAUUUACAUGACAACGUACUAGGAAACAACAUCUUAUCACAUCUAGACGAUUUUACAUCUUUAAAAUCUUUGCUUUUGCAGAAUUGUGGAAUAAAAGGAAUGGUUGAUUUGCUUGAACUGAAUAGUUUGAUGAAUUUAAAGGAGUUGUAUUUAGGCCAAAAUCAAAUUGAAAGUCUGGGAUUUUUAUUCCAAAGUAAAGGACAAUUGAAGUUGAUCAAACUUGAGGUGCUUGGUUUAAGUGAAAAUCUCUUCAACAACAGUAUAUUCUCCUCCCUUGCUGCACUCUCAAAUUUAAAGUCUUUAUAUAUAGGAUUUAACAAAUUGGAAGGGCCAAUACAUAUUAAAGAAUUAAAUGCUUUGAGCAAUUUAGUGGAGUUGGAUAUGCGAAAUAAUGAAGUAAAUUACUUUGUUCCAUCCCAAGAUAAUGAAACGAAACUAAGGUUGAUCAAUCUAGAAGUGCUUGAUUUGAGAUGGAAUCUCUUCAACUGUAGCAUAUUAUCAUCCCUUGGUAGACUUUCAAAUCUAAAGUCUUUGUCUUUUGGAGGCAACAACUUGGAGGGAUCAAUAGAUCUUAGAGGGUUAGAUGCUUUGAGCAACUUGGAGAACCUCUUUAUAUCUUGCAAUGACCCCAAUGGCACCAGAGCUUGUAGCCUUCCACCGCAAUCAUUGGAAUUGUUCCCGUCGUUGAAGACUCUUUCAUUUUAUGGUUUUAGUUUUUAUGGAACAUUAACUACUCAAUGGCAAAUUUUGACAAGUUUGGAAGAGUUAGUUUUAGAAAACUCAUCUCUCUCUUCCUAUUUCAUUCAAGAUAUUGAAAUGUUGAUUGCUCUUAAAAAUUUGUACGUGUUCAGUUGUGAGCUCAAUGAUUGCCUCAACUUACAAGGUCCACUACAUUUGAAGAAUUUGGAAACCUUGGUCAUACAGGACACUUCCUUGGAAAACAACUUUAUAGAAAAAAUUGGAGUAAUGCCUUCUCUCAAGAUUCUGAAAUUAAGCGAUUGUGGACUCAACGGCACCAUACAGACCCAAGGUUUUUGUGAAAUGAGAAAUCUCCAAAACUUGGAUGUUAGUGGCAAUAAUCUAAAAGGCAACUUACCCGAGUGCUUCUCCAACCUCACAUUCCUUGAAAAUUUGGAUCUCUCCUCCAAUCAGUUUUCUGGAAGUAUAUCUACCCUUAAAAGUUUAACAUCCCUUGAAAGAUUAGAUCUCUCAUCCAAUCAAUUUUCUGGAGAUAUAUCUGCCCUUAGGAGUCUAAAAUCCCUCGGAACGUUGAGUCUUUCAAACAAUUACUUUGAAAUCCCAAGCUCAUUAGGACCCCUGUUCAACCUUUCAAAACUCCAGUCCAUCUUUGCAGACAACAAUACCAUAUAUGCUGAAACCGAGAUGCAUUUUUUGGCCCCAACAUUCCAACUGAAUGAGAUCAGCAUGUCUUGUUGUGGAGAUGCUGGAUCAUUUCCUCGAUUCCUCUAUCAUCAACAAGACUUGGUCUCUGUUGAUCUCUCUAACAUCUAUUUCAAGGUAGAGAAGUUCCCAAUUUGGUUAUUGGAAAACAACACAAAAUUAGAGACGUUAAUUCUAAGCAAUAGCUCUCUAUCGGGACCUCUUCUGCUACCGUUAGCUCCACAUUUGGGUUUAUCAGAGUUUGAUAUCUCCAACAAUUUCUUCAAUGGUAGCAUUCCAGUAGAAAUUGGAGCAAAACUACCAUCAUUAAGUUUUCUUAACAUGUCAAAAAAUCAUUUUGGUGAUAGCAUUCCAGAUUCUAUCGGUGAUAUGAAUUCCAUACAAACCUUGGACUUGUCUAACAAUAACUUGACUGGUGGAGUACCGGAGCCUUGGCCAUGGGUUGCUCCUCAUUAAGUUUUUUUAUAUUAUCAAA